AUGUUUAAUACGGAAGACUCGAAUGGCAGCAAUGUUCCCAUGAUAAAGGGAGAAAAGCUCAGUAAGGAUCAGUGUCCUAAGACAAAUUUUGAAAAGAAAGAAAUGGCUAGCAAGCCUUAUGCUUCUCUUGUUGGAAGUUUCAUGUAUGCACAGAGAACAAAAGAGUACCAGCUAGUGUACAAAAGGGAUUCAAAACUCGAACUAGUAGGCUAUAGUGACUCAGACUUUGCAGGCUGCCUCGAUUCAUUUAAGUCAACAUCAGGUUAUAUAUUCAUGUUGGCAAAUGGGGCAGUGUCAUGGAAGAGUGUGAAACAAGAUACUGUUACCACUUCCACCAUGCAACCUGAGUUUGUGGCUUGUUAUGAAGCUACAUUACAGGCUAUAUGGCUAAGAAAUUUCAUCAGCAAUCUCGAGAUCAUGAAUUCAAUUGCAAAGCCUGUUUAA